CAAAAAAAACAACAAACUUCACUUUUUUGUUAGCUCAAUUCUUCACAAGCAAAUUUUAACAAACUUUACUUUGUUUUUAUUGGAAAUAGAAAUAGAGGAAAUUAGUUUUAAAAUAUUUUGAAAAAUACUCGCAACACUCUUUUAAAAUCUUGUCAAUUAAAAAUCAAAAUGGAUUCGACUGAAGCACCCGAAACUGUUAACAGAGAUGAACUCAUUAUGCAGCAGCAGCGGCAAAUUGAAAAAGAGAUCUCAGAAAGCAUUCCGCUGGUGAGUGAUUUGCAGAUUCUGUCCACCCUGAAUCGGGAAUACAACGGCGACGCUGUUUAUACAUCCAAAAUAGAAGAUCUCAGUGAGAAGUACAAAUUUAUGCGUCGCACCCGGCCCGACGGUAAUUGCUUUUUUCGUGCAUUCGCCUACGCCUAUUUGGAGUACUUACUUACCAACAAAGAAGAUUAUCUAGCAUUUAAAGAUCUCGCCCAAAAGUCCAAAGACAAAUUGGUGCAAUUGGGAUUCCCUAGUUUCACAUUAGAAGAUUUUCACGAAACUUUUAUGGAAGUCAUUAAACGUGUAGAUCCAAUUGAUACUACAAAAGAUGUCAACAUUAAAGACGAACUACACACAGUGUUCAAUGAGCAAGGAUACUCAGACUAUGUCGUUGUAUAUUUGCGUUUAAUUACCUCAGGCAAGUUGCAAGAAGACGCCGACUUUUAUCAGAAUUUCAUCGAGGGAAAUUUCACAAUCGAAGAAUUCCGUCAUCAGGAGGUCGAGCCAAUGUACAAAGAAUCUGACCAUAUACACAUUAUUGCAUUAUGCACUGCCUUGAAUGUUGGUGUACGGGUCGAAUAUAUGGACCGUGGCGAAGGUGGGAAAGUUAAGGCUCACGACUUUCCCGAAGGAACUGAUCCCAAAGUGUUCUUGUUGUAUAGACCGGGGCAUUAUGAUAUUUUAUACUCAAGCAAUUGAAUAAUUAUUAAAAACAAAACGAUUAAAUCAAAAAAAAUACUUCAGAA